AUGCAGGACUCGAGUCAAUCGGCAAUUAGAUUGAUUCUGUCUGCGAGGCCAGAGAUCACGACCUGGGAGCCUUUUAGUCGAGUCACUCUGCUCGGCGAUGCGAUUCAUGUCAUGCCUCCGAAGGGUGUGAUGGGUGCCAACACCGCUUUACGGGAUGCGGCUGAUCUUGCACGUCGGAUUUCGUUGGCUGGUGGUGUUGAUGGGAUAGACCAGGCUGCCAUUGGGGAUUAUGAGGCUAGCUUGGGUGGUUUUGCGAGAACGGCGAUCGAACAGAGUUGGCAGGGGGGUAUUAAGAGCUUUGGGUUGAAACUGGUUGAGCAAUGCGAAUUGAUCGCGCUGUAA